UCUGGCUCGGCUGUAAUCACUGCGCAUGCGUGGACGAGCAACGGGUCCUCGUUUGGUCCUAAAGAUGCUACGUCGGAAGCCAACGCGUUUGGAGCUCAAGCUGGACGAUAUUGAGGAAUUUGAAGGGGCCAGAAAGGAGCUGGAGAGUUGCAAGAAGCAGCGGGAAGAAGUGGAUGUGGUGGGAGCCAGCGAUGGCGAAGGCGCGCUGGGAUUGAACAUCGACCACAAGAGCCGAGAACAGAUGAUCCACGACCGGAUCGGCUACAAGCCCCAGCCCAAACCCAACAAUCGCUCCUCUCAGUUUGGCAACUUUGAGUUCUAGGGUCUUUCCUCUGCUGACUUCCAUGACACUAGAGCAAAAAAGAGGAUUACUUAAAGAAAACAGCCAAGGGGAAUGGAUUUUAGACAAACCGAAGACUGGACUCUUCUCCCAAAACCUGUGAGAUCUUUGUUCCACUUAUGGAAUUUUUUAACUUUCCUCAAUAAAUGUAUGUGUCUGCUUUUUUAUCCCUA